UUUGCAUCAUCUAUCCGUCCAUCCAGCCAAGGCAUCCAACGUUUUUCUUUCAAAACAAACUCAACUCAUCUGUAGCGAGCGCAGAUGGCUUUUCCCGCGCUAAGUUUUAAAAACUUGUAUCUUCAACCGUGGUUCCUGCAGUACGACGGUUAACAGCGCCUUCGACAACCCGACCUCGACACGAGAAAAGCAGUGAGUUUUCGCGUUUAAUUCUACGCAACGACGCCGUCCGUAGAGCUGUCAACGUUAGGCUUAUACCGAGAUUCAAAUGGGCGAUCUCGACAAUUUGGUCAGCAACACCCUUUCGGUGUUCGCCGACCUUCCAUUCGACCUUCUAGAUGCGGACUGGAUCAGCGCAGCAUGGGAAAACAAAUACACCGACGUCGCGCCGGCCGACGUCAACUUACUUGACUCGUGCGAGGGCAACGCGUACGCGCUCCUCGACGAACUCUCGAGCGCCUGCGACGUCUGUCAGAUGUGGUACCGCUUUUCGGGCCUCGACGAAACCGAGGACGCCAACACCGACGAGAAGCUGUGGAAGACUCUCAUGGACAACGGCGUCCACUACAAGGCCUUGCUGGGCUUGCUGUACACCGGCAUCAGUCACGGGAGUUCUUCAACCGCUAGCGUCGUGCACAAGAAGAUCGCCCUGCGGUUCGCCAAGUUGUACUUCAAUCUCGUCCUCGUUCCGGGCAGCAACGCGUACAGGAUUUUCCAGGAGAGCCUCUUUGAAAGAGCCAUCCAGACCUUGCGCCUUCCGAGCAAGAACUCUGUGGGUUCCCUGGACGGCGGUGGCAGCAGGAACGCUUCGCAAAUGACUGGAUCGCGGGGCUCGAAACACGCGGCUAAAAAGAAGGCGGUCAGUCAGCAAGAAAACCUGGACAUGGACGGUUCAGAUGGCGCUUCCGUCGUUCACGAAGUCCUCUCCGAGGAGGCACUCCUCGAGUUCCUUGGUUUCGUAACCGACGCGCUCAAGGACCUCGUCUGCAUGCUCCAGCAGUUCAGCUUGCGCCAGUACGGCGAAGCGACCGAGUCCAUGAUUCAGCAACUCUGCGAACUCACCCAGUUCGACAUCCCGGGUGCCAGUGUCUCUUUCAGCAUUGACCGGGUCCAAGACUACCGAAACUGGAACUACCGCUACCUCACGACCUUUGCCUACUGCGCGCUCAAGCUCCUCUGUCUUCCCCAACACGGGGAUCCGGGGGACAACUUUCGCUUCGCCGCCAAGAACCUGAUGCCCCACAUACUGAUGCUCUCUGCCGGCAAUGCACAGACCGUAGGCAAGCCCUUCACCAGUAUCCGGGACAACGCUGUUUCCUUCGUUACCCACGUUGCAAGCAAAUGCGAUGCCUCUCUACGAGAAAACUUUCAAGAGACCCUGCUCGUGCUGAUCCACAACUUGGCGUUCAGUGCCGUCGACCGGACCGACUUCCGGCUCAAGACUGGACAGGCCGUCCUGACCGUCAUGGGGGAGCUCGAAGACGAAAUGUUCCUGCGUGCGGUGCACUGGUUCACCAAGCUGGCGACGUCGCCGAUGAGCUCGCGGCGUGUUUUUGCGCUCGAGAUGAUCCUGCUGCUCAUCUGGGACCAGAGGGUGGUGGACAAGCGGUCUGAGCUCCUGCUGACCGCCAUGAAGCGCUGCAACGACAAGGUGGCCACGGUCAAGGCCAAGGCGCUGAGUGUGCUGGCGAGCGUGACGUCGGAGCGUGCCGAGUCCUGGGUGCCGCUGCUCAAGGUCUCCGGGGAGGUGGACCCCGAGGAAGAGGGUGCCGAGGGGCAGCAGGUGGCCGUUGAGGAUGACCGUCUAUCGCAGCUCAUGGAGGUGCUGAAGUACCGGGUGGAGGACCCCAAGGUGAAUGUGCGUAAGGCCGCGCUCUCUCUGCUCCAGAACGUGCUCUGCGCCAGCGCGGACUUCGCCAAGGAGGAGUACCUUGAGAUCCUGACGGAGAGUUGCCUGGACCCAACGGUGCUGGUGCGCAAGCAGGCCCUGCAGAGCCUGACUCGCUGCGUCCAGGCGCACCCGGAGAAGGAGUCCGUGCAGCGGCUGUGGCUCUCGGGGGCCCUGCCCCUGGUGCUGGAUCCAGAGAGUACGGUGCUGGAGAAGGCGGUGGAGACGGUGGAGGAGCUGGUGGUGGGGCCCCUGUGCCAGAGGGGGGACUGCCAGCUGGCCUGGAGCCUCUUGGGCCAGGUGGGACAAGCCAGGUUCAAAGACCACCACAAAUACCUGCAGCAGGCGGUGCUGCAGUUGCAUCGUUUGGGCAAGAUCAGGGUGUCGGAGCUGCACUCCCUGAAGCAGCACGUGGGGGGCCCCCACAACGCCUCGGUGUGGCUGCUACUAUCCAAGCUGACCCUGUGCUGCGACCUGGGCGAAGCCGGCUUCGUCCUCAACUACUGGGAGCAGCAGCAGCUGCGCCUGCUGGACGGCCAUGGCGACCCCCCCGGCAUGCCCGCGGCCUCCACCGACACCAUGAAGCACAUGUUCCAGGUCUUGCAGAAAGUGGCCCACCACCUGCCUACCAUGUCCCUCAGGAAGCUCAUAGGGGACCUUGAGCAGCGGCUGAGCCAGCUGAGCCUGCCCGUGGCAGUGAUGUCCCGGGCGGUGGACUGCCUGCACAGCGUCAGCCUAACGGUCCACAAGGAGCGUCCCGAGCUGGGAGAGAGGGCGGUCCAGAACUGGUGCAAGCAGAUGAUUGAGAAGUGCCACUCGUACCUGUCGCUGGUGAUCGUGGACGGCAAGGGCAAGGAGGAGGAGGGAGACCCUGAGGAGCAGCUGGUGCGGCACCUGGAGCUCCUGGUGCAGGCGUCCAAGUUGGUGCCCCGGGCGCUCACUGCACAGACGCACCACCUGGUGCUCACCUGCUUGACCGCCCCCCUCCAGGGGAGCCCAGAGGAAGCAGCGACCAAUGCCAGGGGCCACCGCAGGUCCAAGGGCAAGACGAUGGAGGACGAGUUCCGCACGACGCCCCGCCUGCGUGCCACGGCAGUGGUAGUGCUUGGCAUGCUGAGCCUGCAGAACGAGGGCCUGGCCAAGAAGGUGGUGCCGGCUAUAGGCCAAGCGCUAAGCACCAGCAGCGACCCCCUGGUGCGCGCCAAUGCGGUGGUGGCCCUGACGGACCUGUGCAAGCGCUACGCCGUCCUCGUGGACCCGUACCUGCCAGCGGUGACGCGCUGCCUCAAGGACCCCCAGGAGAGCGUGCGGCACCUGGUGCUCGUCUGCCUGCUGCGUCUGCUUCAACAGGACUUUGUCAAGCUGCAGGGUCGCGUCUUCUACCGCUUGCUCGCCUGCCUGGCGGACGAGAGCCCCGCGGUGCGCGAGCUGGCCGAGUUCGGCCUGGUGGACCGGGUGUGCAAGCGCUUUCCACAUGUUUUCUACCAGCGCUUCGUGGAGUGCCUGUGCUACUUCAACCAGUACCGGGGCGUGACCGGGCAGGCGGCCUCGUCAGCCCAGGAGAGCGUGAUCGAAUCGCGGGAGCAGGACCAGCACCUGUUCUCGCUGGAGGGGCCCCGCCACCGGGAGCGUCGCAUGGGCAUCUACCGCUUCCUGCUGCAGAACAUGGCCGACGAGGACCGCUUCAAGCUCAACCUGGCCAUCACCCAGAACGUGCUGGGCCCGUGUGUGGAGGAGGGACAGGAGGGCGUGGACACCCUCUGUCCAGGGAUGCUACAGGACGCCCUGCAGGUGCUGUGCUGCGAGGAAAUCAAGCUGCAGUCGAUCGUGGGCGCGGAGGAGGCGGCCGCGGACGAAGAGCCCGCCCAGGCGCUUCUGAUCACGACCCGCAAGACCCUGCUGAGCAACCUGGUCAAGGUCAGCCUGGUGGAAAACGUGGUGCCUGUGGUGCUGGCGCUCAAGCACAAGCUGGAGGCCGCCCGCUCCCCGCUCCUGCGCGCCCUCCUACUCUUCCUCCGCGAGCUCAUGCGCGACUACAAGAACGAGGUCAAGGACAUCCUGGCGCACGACCGCAAGACGGCCAGCGAGGUGGCUUUCGACCUCAAGCACCUGGAGCAGGAGGAAGAGGAGGAGACCCAGAGGGCAAGGGUGGGAGGGGCGACCCCCCGGACCCCCGCCUGCACGGCCAACCCCGCCCUCAGGGCCGUGCUGGACAGUGCCCGCAAGCUCAGGGAAGAGGCCAGCAAGCGCCAGUCCAUCGUGGCGGUGCCCGGACGCGCGCCGGACGACGUGGACGGAGCAGCGGCUCCGGCGGAGCGGCUCGGAGAGGAGGCGGAACAGCCGCCCGAAGGUCCGGCCGCAAGGGUAGUCUCGCCCAGUGAGACGCCAAAAGGACGGAAGAAGAAAGCGAAUGCGGCGAGCCCGACGGGGAAACAACGGUCCUCCGAAGGCCCUGCCGCGAGAGGCACGACGUCGAGCGCUCGGCGUGGAGCAUCCGCCGGUCAGACCUCGUCAACAAAAAAGAGAAGGAAGCGUGCCGAAAAACAACCCGAGGAAGAGCUCGAACAAGCUGAGACUUCGCCUGACGGUUCGGAGCGCCUCCAGAGCGUCGAGGAGGGCACCUGUGGCAGUCCGGCCGGUUCGGAGAGUCACGAGCCUCCAGUCUCGCCGAGCGAAAGUUCCGCCGACGAAGCGCCAAAGAAAAAGAGGAAAAACAAGAAAAAGAAAAACGAAGCCAAACGUGUGCCGCAAGAGACGAUUGCCGCGGAACCUGUGGCGUCGACGGACAGCUGCGGCCGGCCGGAAAGCGGUGGCACCGUACCGUCGGCUGCCUCCGAAAGUAUUCGCACUCCGCCUCGCUCCAGGGGAAGCAGGUCAGUCACACCGGGCGGCGUGCGGAGCUCCUGCAGGCUGCCGUCUCCGAGGAGGAAGUUCCCCAUCGAGAUGGACUUUGUGGCCACCCCUCUUGCUCCAAGAACCGCGUCGCCGUCCGGCAGCCCUCCUAAAGACGGUGCCGCCGCAGCAGCUACUGCGAGGGAGACGUUCAAGAGACCAGCUGCGGUCGGUCGACACGCGGUUCAGCAGAAGGUCUCCACCAGCACGCCUCUGGGCGAGCCCGGCAAAAAGAUUUGCGUGUCCCCGGAUGUCAGCAUGAUAGAGUGAACACAGCCACUUGCUCGAAAGAGAGCUGGGAAAAGUUUCUGGCGACGGGUACCAACCUGCGCCUCAACUGUUGUGCAAAGACGUCUUUCCAGUUGUAUAUUAUAUUUUACUAAAUAGUUUCUUUACCGGCGUUUUUUUUUAAACUAACCUGUAUUUAUUCGGCUACAGACCCAUAAACACCCAUUUCUCGGUAA